CUGAGAACUCAUGCACGGCAAAUUUAUCCUCAGGCUCCUGUUGUACUUGUAAGUUGUAGACCAGAGGCUACGCCCAGGCUCGCGCGCGCGCGCCUUUCAGGGGGCGACAGAAGGACUUGGUGCAAAUUGCAAUGCGUGCAGCAGCAUGCAAUGCAGACCCUUUGGUGGAAAGACCAAUUGACGUAUUACUAUUGAAUCAUUGUGUUGGUUUGGUCUUCCCCAAGGUGACCUUCAUGGAUUGCUGCAGGUAAAUUCGGUGGUGCUCGCCCAAGCAGUGUGAUGCCAAUGGCUGGUGGCAAGGAGAAUGGUGGUGCAGCUUCAAAAGCUGGAAAGGUUGCGCGGCCAGUCGGAAAGAAACAUCCGGUCUUGAAGCAGAAGUCACCAGCGGAGUUCUUUUCAGAGAACAAGAACAUAGCGGGGUUUGACAAUCCAGGAAAGAGCCUGUACACUACUGUUCGUGAACUUGUUGAAAACGCACUGGACUCCGCUGAGUCUAUUGCAGAACUUCCAGAAAUAGAGGUGACAAUUGAAGAGAUCGAGAAGUCAAGGUUUCAUGCUCUGAUCGGACUUGUUGACCAAGAUCGAGUUGAUGAGGAACUGUAUGGAGACUUUGAGACUGACAAGUUGAAAGAGAAGCGACUCGCACGUGAAGCAAAGGAGCAGGAGCGUCUAGCAAAGGCUGGAAAGAAGGCAAAGGAAGGUCAGCGAGCUGGCGGAAAAGGAAAAGGAGACGCCUCUUUCUACAGGGUCACAGUGAAGGACAAUGGAAAGGGCAUGCCUCAUGAUGACAUUCCGAACAUGCUUGGCCGAGUACUGUCUGGGACCAAAUAUGGGUUGAGACAGACUCGUGGGAAGUUUGGACUCGGAGCAAAGAUGGCUCUGAUCUGGUCGAAGAUGAGCACCGGCCUGCCAAUCGACAUCCGGAGCGCCAUGAAGGGCCACCCUUUCUGCACGUUCUGCCGGCUAGAUAUUGACAUCCACAAGAACCUGCCAAACAUUCACAAACAUGAGAAAGAACCAAACCCGCAGCGGUGGCGAGGGGCCGAGCUGCAAGUGGUAAUCGAGGGAAACUGGACUACGUAUAAGUCGAAGAUUGUCAACUACAUGAGGCAGAUGGCCGUGAUCACCCCUUACGCUGAGUUCGUCUUCCGCUUCAUCAGCACCACCCCCGACAAGAACAUCAGCAUCCACUUCGCUCGCCGCACUGACGUCAUGCCGGCUGCGCCCCAGGAGGCGAAAUACCACCCGUCCGCCGUUGACCUGCUGCUGAUCAAGCGGCUCAUCGCAGAGACCAGCAAGCAGACUCUGAGCCAAUUCUUGGUGGCUGAGUUCGACACGGUCAAGAAGCCGCUCGCAGAAAGGCUUAUCGGUGAGAUGGGCCCCGACUUCGCCUCCAAAAUGGCGGUACGCUCGCUGACGGACCAGCAGGUCGCGCGAAUACACCAACUGUUCCGCCAGGCCAAGUUCGCCGACCCCUCUGGAGACUGCCUGAGCCCCGCUGGAGAGUACAACAUGCGACUGGGCAUCAUGAAGGAUUUGCACCCCGAUAUGGUAGCGACCUAUCAGGGCAGCACGCAGGUGUUUGAGGGCCAUCCCUUCAUCGUGGAAGCAGGCCUCAGCCUGGGGGGCAAGGACGUGAAGCCCGGCAUCAACGUCUUCCGCUUCGCCAACCGCAUCCCUUUGCUCUUCGAAGCGGGCGGUGACGUCAUCACGAGGACGGCCUCGAAGCGGAUAAACUGGGCGAGCUACAAGAUCAACCAGACGACGGAUAAGAUCGGCGUCUUCGUCAGCAUCGUCAGCACCAAGAUCCCUUUCAAGGGCACGGGGAAGGAAUACAUUGGUGACGACAUUCCCGAAAUCGCGGCGGCAGUCAAGCAAGCGCUCCAGCAGUGCUGCCUGCAGCUCAAGUCCAAGAUCGUGCGCCAGCAGCAGGCGCGCGAGCGGCAGCAGCGCAAGCGCAACCUCGCGCGCUACAUCCCCGACGUGACGCGCGCAGUUUUCGAGGUCCUGGACACGAUUGCCGACUCCAAACGGCGCCGGACGGAGCUCCCCCCCGGGGACGCGGCGCUGCUGGAGAAGGUCGUCUCGGAGGAAGUCACCGAGGAGACGCUCCGGCAGAAGCUGACGCAGCACGUGGAGCAGGUUGACAAUGAGAUGGCGCUCGAGUACGCUGCACAGACUGGGAAAGUGGAGACUGCCCCCGAGACCAUCUUCUUGCGAGCGUUGGAUAGUAAACGCGCAUUCCUGCCGGAUUUGCACAGUCCAGUCUGCGUUUUCCGGCUCCUAGCGGGGUGCUGAAAAGUGCAGGCAGAUGAACGAAGCAUGCCCAAAAAGCGACCAUUUACAUCGGCUUGGGUGCUUGACCACGCGGACCUUCACUAUACCUUAUUUCUACAAACCUUGGAAGUCAACCGGGCAUUGAAAGGGACUGUAGCAACGUUAGCAGUCGCCCAACACGGCCGGAAUUGUGUUGAUAUGUAUAUCCAAUUGUCGACAGCCGAAUCCAGCUUGUGCGGCUAUUCUUAGCAUCUUUUGUGGCCGAGAGCGUACUUCCUGUGAGCCUUUCGCACAGCCUGUUCUAGUUACGGGCCAUGUGGCAUACGGCGCCAGCCAUGAUCUAACUUACACAAUCACUUACAUGUGC